UACGGCGAGUUGUACCAGUGGUCGGUACAACAUUACCCGGAUUUCUGGGCAGAAUUUUGGAAGUUCAGCGGGAUGGUCUGUUCUCGCCUUUACGAUGAGGUGAUCAAUCCUUCCAAGAGCAUAGUGGAUGUUCCUGAGUGGUUUAAAGGCAGCCGUUUAAACUACGCCGAAAACCUUCUGAAGCACGAGGAGAACGAUAAAAUUGCCCUGUACGCAGCACGGGAAGGCAAGGAAGAGAUUGAGAAAGUGACAUUUGAAGAGCUGAGGCACCGGGUGGCUUUCUACGCUGCGGCCAUGAGGAAGAUGGGGGUGCAAACAGGCGACCGGGUUGUGG